AUGGUCCUCACGGACGUUGUCAAAAGGUGGCAUUUAUUGAAGGGCGAGAAGGCGCUACUUUGUACAGGGACAGAUGAGCAUGGCUUGAAGGUACAAAGAGCAGCCGCAAAAGCUGGUAUAGAUCCAAAGUCGUUCUGCGAUAAAGGUGCCGAAAUCUUCAAAGAACUGGCAAGGAAAGCCGAGAUCACGAACGACCAUUUUGUACGCACAACGGACGGAGAACACAAGGAAGCCGUUCAAUAUGCAUGGUUUCUGUUGCAAGAAAAGGGCCUGAUAUACGAACAAAAGCAUGAGGGCUGGUACUCGGUGACUGACGAAUGCUUCUACCCCAAAUCUGGAGUACAGCCGUACCUAGACCCGCCUACGGGAAGAAAGAUCAUGGUAUACCGUCUCCAUACGUCAAUCGAAACAGGUAGUGAAGUAGAAUGGUCUUCAGAGGAAAAUUACCACUUUCGGCUGUCGGCAUUUCGCGACAAACUACUGGAGUUCUACAAGAACAAUCCAGAAUGGAUAGUGCCAGAGGCCCGUAUGAAUGAUGUGGUGCAGGCUGUGGAGUCAGGUUUGGAGGAUCUAUCCAUCUCCAGGCCGUUCGACCGACUUACAUGGGGAAUCCGAGUCCCCGGAGAUGACUCACAGACGAUCUACGUCUGGCUUGACGCCCUCAUGAAUUAUGCCACCAAGGCAGGCUAUCCAUGGACUCCGGGUCGCGAGCAAGAGGGAGGCUGGCCUGCAGACUGUCAUGUCAUUGGUAAGGACAUUGUUCGGUUCCACUGCAUCUAUUGGCCAGCUUUCCUUAUGGCGCUUGGGCUUCCUCUUCCCAAGAAGAUAUUGACACACGCACACUGGACACUUGGAGGCUCGAAGAUGUCCAAGUCGACCGGUAAAGUAGUAGACCCUUUCCUCGCAAUUGAUCGGUUUGGGUCAGAUGUCAUGCGCUUCUACAUGGUCCGUGAGGGUGGCAUACGGGAUGAUGCGAGCUACGACAACGCCCGAAUUAUCAUGCAAUAUAACAAGUUUCUACGCCAGCAUCUCGGAAACCUAGCCUCUCGUGUCGUGAGAGGUAAGAAAUGGAGCGUGCGAGGCGCAAUUGAGCGUAUCGGUGGAAGAUCAGCAGAGGAGUGGGAAGAAGGCCCAGGCUCCAGGUUCCGCAACAACUCUCUCGCCACUAUUGCCUCAGAAACCGAUGCUGCAUUUGAUGCAUAUGACCCAAGAAGGGCGGUGUUUGGCAUCACUGAGUUCAUACGAAGUACGAACGCAUUCUUCACAAUGUCAUCUCCGUGGGACAAGAUUUUGGAUUUUGGUCCUGGCGAGCCCGGAGAGGAUGUCGACAAAAUCAUCUAUCUUAGUGCUGAAGCCCUUCGCAUCGCUGGUAUACUGCUGCAGCCGUACAUGCCGAACAAAGCGAACCAACUACUCGAUCAAUUGGGAGUAGAUCGCGACCGCAGAACGUUCGAAUACUGCAAGAUUGAUGCCGAUUUAGACUACGGAACGCCGCUGGUAGAUGUGGGUAAAGCGCAAGAGGGCGUGCUGUUUCCGCAUCUUCCAAGCGCAGAGUAG